GUAAGCCAGCCGCACAUGUGCUUCAUCCAUGGAUUUUACGGAUGCCCUGCGCCGGGCUGACCGCGUCUUACACUACUAUGGGCGUCACUUGUCGAUUAUGUGGCGCAUCCCAAACCCCCUGCGUCAGCGCCAAAGGGUUCAUAUAAAGACCGUGUGAUCCUGUUCAUCUCCGACCACCCACCCCCUCCCCCCUUCCCGCUCCCUGGAAACAUAAGCGCCUGCACCUUGCUGCCUCACCCAUCUCCAGCUCCUCGUGUCUCCUAAUCCUUUGUUUGUAAAACACAGGCAGCCAUGUCUAACCAGGACUACUAUGGCAAUCAGAGCGGGGCUUAUAAUCAGGGUCCCCCGCCCCCGGCCUAUAAUGCAUACAAUCAGCAGCCGUACCAAGGUCAACAGCAGUAUCAUGGACAGGACCAGUAUAACCAGAGCCAUCAUACGGGACUUGCACCUCCUUACGGGCAGGCACCUCCGCCGCAACAGCAAUACCCUCCUGGGCCAUACGAUCAGUCGCAGGUCUACGAUCCCAACCGCGGGACCAACCCGUACCCACCGUCGCAGCAGCCGUAUGGUGCUUCUCCUAACCAGGGCUAUGGCAGCCAGAGUCACCAGCAGCCGAAUGCCUACGACCACCAAGCCGUUCCCGGCGGUGCACCUGGAAAUGCUGCCGAAGGAGAGCGCGGCCUUGGCUCCACCCUUGUUGGUAGUGUAGGAGGCGCUUUCCUAGGUCACAAGAUGGGUGGUGGCGCAUUGGGGACUGUCGGAGGCCUCGUCGCUGGCGCUAUCGGCGCCAACAUUCUGGACAGUAAGCAUGACAAGAAGAAGAAGGAGAAGAAGCACAAGCACGGCGGUUCCCAUGGUGGGUCACAUCACGGGUCGUAUGCAGGUUCUGCGGCUGGGCUUGGAGGGCUGUAUGCCGCAAGCCAUAGCAGUCAUGGCAAGAAGCAUAAGCACAAGCAUAGGAGCCACAGCCGCGGCCGCUCCAGUAGCUCUUCUUCCAGCGACUCGGAUUGAGCGCUGUGGUAUGUCCUUUACUCUUCGUCGUCUGCCCGUUUCGCCUUUGCGAGUGAGACCAUGG